AACAAGGAAAUGAGCAAUAUAAAGUGUGUAAUGCUCCCGAUAGUAGUUUGCCUGAACUUCCACCCGAAGAUACAACUCCCUUAAACCAGAAAAAUAUCGGACGUGUUACAGAAAUUCUUUUAUCUGAUCCAAAUUCUGAAUUAAAUAAGGAAAUUGAUACAUUCGUUGAAAAGGAAAUAGAUAAGGAUGUAGAUAUGUCGCAUGGGAAAAAGCAAGGCGAUUACUUAGAAUUUGAAGACGAAACUGCUUUUUUG